AAUAACAAAGGAAAGCAGUGAGACCUCGGAGGCACAGAGAAAGAGAUGUACACUCGCGUUUAAGGGUCCACAAAAAUAGUGUUUUCUUCAGAGAAGAAGUAUUUAUAUAUAUAUAUUUAUAUUGUAUAACGUAUUCUACCUCAACCUUCAAAGCGAGCUGAGUUUUGCUUUGUUCUUUUUUUUUUUUUUUUUAAUUCUAAGAAACAGUUACCAUUUUCCUGUUUACACUCGUUCUGUGUUCUGUGCCGCAGGGCCUUAACUUUUGCACAACUGGUGAAAGCUAUGACUGAGCUUUAAGUGUUCCUAAUACGUGAAGGAGAAACUCAUGCACUUCAGCACCUUUCUCAAGGCUUCUGUGAGCGGCUAUAGCAGCUGAUGACCAAAGAGCCCCAUCCUCAAGCGACACUAGCAGGACUGAUCUGGCCCCCUCCCCCUCCUCCUCUCCCAGCUCCCGCACCAUGUUCCAGAGGUUUACCAGCAUCCUGUUUGGAGAUGCCCUGGAGGAGGCCAGUGAAUGUCCUGCUAAUGUGGGCUUUAACAGAAAUGAAGAUGAUGAGGACUGGAUCCUCGUUGAUUAUCUCGCUGAAGCAUGCACCAGUGCCUGUGAGGAUGAGUUGAUAGAGGUCUGCUCGGAGAACAUAGAUGCUCCUGACUGCCCUCUGCGCUGCUCCUCCUGCUCCUCUCUGGACUCAGCAGCCGAUACGGACCCUGAUGACCAAGGGUUCUUGCGCCUGGAUGCAGAGUGUGGUCUGGAGGAGAGCUGGUUUAUCACACCACCGCCAUGCUUCACAGCUGGAGGAAGAGGUCCAGUUCUUCUGGAGACCAGUCCUCUGGAGAAUCUGCUCAUUGAGCACCCCAGCAUGUCUGUCUAUGCUGUGCAUAGCUCACCCCACCGCCAGCUGAAGGAAAACUCCUGUGAACCCUGCAUCCUCAGGUCUGAAGUUCAGUGCAGAUCUAGUCACCCUACUGGCUGCUAUGCAGCCGCUCUCACUGCCACACGUGCCAGCUUCCUGGAGCAGGCCAAAAAUGGACGCCUGGCUCAGAGGAUUCGGGACAAUGUGCAGCGCCAGCAGCUGUCCCGUAACGCGCUCCGCCGCCUGAACCUGCUCCGUGAUGGGGGAGCCAAGCAGGCCAAAUCCACCGCAGGUCAUGUCCACCAGCCUGGACAGAGGCAGUACAACUACUGAGACCAUUGCCACUGUGCUCCCCCAAAUAAUUCUCUCUCUCUCUCUCGCUCUCUUUCGCUCUCUCUCUCUCUCUCUCUCUCUCUCUCUCUCUCUCUCUCUCAUUCUCUCAUUCUCUUUUCCCAGCUCUAUGCUAGGAGUUAUUAUUUCUUACAUAGACACAAUGGGAUC